GGGCCGGGGCGGAGGCAGCGGCGGGUCCGAACGGCUCCGACCGGGGAAAGGGGCGCCGGCUGCGGGCAACGCGCCGGGGGGGCCCCCGGGCAGGGCGCAGCGGAGGGGCCCCGGCAGCGGGCGGCGCCGUCGGGGCUACCGUCGCGGCGAUGGGCAGCGUGCGGGGCGCCGCGCUGCGGGCGCUGGUGUGGUUGGGCGCCGGGCUGCUGGCGUGCGGUGGGGCGAGUGAGUACGACUAUGUGAGCUACCAGUCCGACCUGGGCCCGUACCCGGGCGGGCGGUUCUAUGCCAAGCCCCACCAGUGCGUGGCCAUCCCCGCCGACUUGCGGCUGUGCCACAGCGUGGGUUACGACAAGAUGGUGCUGCCCAACCUGCUGGACCACGAGACCAUGGCCGAGGUGAAGCAUCAGGCGAGCAGUUGGGUGCCACUGCUCAACAAGAACUGCCACAUGGGCACCCAGGUCUUCCUCUGCUCCCUCUUUGCCCCCGUCUGCCUGGACCGGCCGGUGUACCCGUGCCGCUGGCUCUGCGAGGCCGUGCGUGACUCCUGCGAGCCCGUCAUGCAGUUCUUUGGCUUCUUCUGGCCCGAGAUGCUCAAGUGUGACCAGUUUCCCCAGGAUGAUGUCUGCAUUGCCAUGACAGCCCCCAACGCCACUGAGGUCUCCAGGCCCAAAGGAACAACCGUGUGUCCCCCUUGCGACAACGAGAUGAAGUCGGAGGCCAUCGUGGAGCAUCUGUGUGCCAGCGAGUUCGCUCUGAAGAUGACCAUAAAGGAAGUGAAGAAGGAGAACGGGGACAAGAUGAUCGUCCCGCGGAAGAGGAAGGCGCUGAAGCUGGGCCCCAUCCGGAAGAAGAACCUGAAGAAGCUGGUGCUGUUCCUGAAGAAUGGGGCUGACUGUCCCUGCCAUCAGCUGGACAACCUGGGCCACAACUUCCUCAUCAUGGGCCGCCAGGUGAAGACCCAGUACCUGCUGACGGCUAUCUACAAGUGGGACAAGAAGAACAAGGAGUUCAAGAAGUUCAUGAAGAAGAUGAAGUCUCCCGAUUGCCCGACGUUUCCGUCUGUCUUCAAGUGAUGGGCAAUGGGGGAGCCGCUGCCUGGACCUGGGCACGGCGGCUCGCUCUGGCUCUGUGCAGCGGGGACGCUGGAGCCCUCCUGCUCCCACCUUGUGCUCCUUGGAGCUUCCCUUGCUGACCCCAGGCUCCCACCUCCCCGCUGCCGGCGUCUGCCCGACCGCACGAGUGUGACAUGCACCAAGCAGGCGCUGCGGUCGCGCGCGGUUCACGCCUGCAGCAUCCAGAGACCUGUUGCUGUGUGGAUACGUAUGUUCAUUUAAACAGCAGCUACCAGGUAAAGAGGGCAAGCAGAGCGGGGCCAGGUUAUGUCAGGAAGUGACACGCUUGCAGAAAGGACCCUCAUGACUGUGUUACUCCUGUCUUUGUGGCUGCAGGAUCGCCCUAAAGUAACUCCUGUUCCAACCAGAGCCAGCUGAUUAUCCUCACAGUAAAAGUUAAUAGUGGACAACCUGUUACAACCUCUGAUAAAACCUCCUCAUAGCUAAUUGUCCUCACUGUAAAAAAAACCCCAUUGUAGUCUAAACCUGCUUAGUUUAAGCUUUAACCCUGGGGUCCUUGUCAUGCCUUGAUAGAGCUGGACUGGGGAGUCCCCCCUGACAAGCAUCUCUUGUGACGUGCCACCGGCAUGCCUGCGCUGGCCUCUGCACCGAGCUGAGCCCCUGAGCCCGCUACCAUGCUGGUCCUGCCCGGUGUGAUGGAGCAGCAGCCACGGUCACCUCAGCAUCCCCACAUCACCUUCCAUGGUGGGGUUCCCAUGCACAUGUGGCCUUUGCUGCUCAGGCACAUUCCGUGCGCUGGGCAGCCCAUGUGCACAGAGAGAGCUCAUGUCACUCCCUGACUUCACCAGUGAUGCUUUCAUCGUUUCUUCAGGCUGCUGGCAAAACACCAGAUUGCAGAAGGACAAGGACUUGUCCCUCUGGAGCGCCAUGGGAAACGCAUCAUCUCCGUCUUUACCUCUUUGCAGUUGCUGUGGGACCUCUCAGUUUCUAGGUUUUUAUCUGUUUGGUGUGUGACAACUUGGCUUUGUAUCAUUCUGGGUUUGUUUUUUUUUUUUCCCUAAUCAAAAUGUCAUGUUAGUAUGAGGUCAAAUAGUUUAUGAAAGACAAAGAAUAUUGGAUCCAAAUGAUUACAUUUAUCGACCAAGCUGAAACUCAUUAUUCUGUUAAUUGGACAAGUUCUCUUUUCCAUAGACCCCUCUUGCUCCACAUUAAUUUUACUGUCCUCCUUCCAUUCAGUAUUCUCAUCAAUCACAAUUACUCUUAAGAGAACGAAUAUCUUGCCAUCUGAGAUAAUCCUAUUGUAUUGCAGUUAAGUGAAAUAACAAACCCUCAUUUUUGAGGUUUAAACCAACCCCACUCAAACCUGGUAAAUCAAUUAUUCUUUAGCUUGGGAGUGCUGUUUGUUCCCCAUGUGGGACUACUCCCCAUGUGGGAAUAAACAGAGCCAUGGACUUGGUGGUACAAGAAUUCCAUGAAGAAGCCAAGUGCACUGCAGAGCCAUGUUUCACAGCGAACAGAGAUGGAUUUAGGAUGUGAGCUCUAUAGAAAGUCCCACUAGGUUGUCUUAGGCCACCACUUGUAGUAGUGUUUUCUUUGAUGCAAAAUUAAUCAUUGUAGAUAAUUAUGUGCUUUAUCAGUGAAUUAAAGAAAUUAAUAAACCAUGGGCUUCAACAUCACAGAUUGAUGAGGUGCAGUCAUGGGGAAGGCUGACAAAUCCAGCCUUGUCCCACAGGUCAGGGCCUGGAGCUGAGCUGGAAGGAUGAUUAUCCUGGAGCACCCUUGGCAACAGUGCCCGCAUCCUCCUCCCAUCAGCUUUGCCUCCACAGCUGAGCAGCGAUUGGAAGAGGAAUUGGUUGUGAGUGAGGGAUGCUUAACCCUUCCAUUGUGCUGAGGCUUUAUGCUGUCACCCAGGCUGCUGGUGGGUGUCCUCUUGGCCACCUCUAGCAACUUGCUGUUGAUUUACUGCAUUGAAAACACACAUUUCAGCAGGAAGCAUCCAACCAAAGAGCAAACCACUUCCCAUGCGCGUGGAGCCCCUUUCAGCCUUUGCCAAGCCUUGGGUGCAGCAGUGGGUGAAGUGAUGGUGCAGUGGCCUCUAGUACAGAGCAUGAAACGAUUGUGUGUGUUUGUUAAUGCUACUGGUGCUUUCCUCUGCACAAGCAGUUCAGAAACUAUCAGUUCCUUCAAACACCCCUCUGACCUUGUGUGUUUGCCUUUGAAAAACCAGUCAGGGCUGCUGAGCAGGUUGGGAUGUGGUAUUCCAGGCACAGGGAUACCUGGAAAGUAAUUUUACCAUUCUCUUGCCAAAGUGCUCCAUGACCUGGCAGCUGCUGCCAUUGGGUCGGCGGGCAUCGCUCCACUUCCCUCCAGGCUCUCUUGGUCCAUAGAGGCUUUUGGUAUCGAUAGCAGCACUAAAAGGAAAGUGUUUCAUGUAACACCGUGGUGUAGGCAGUUCUGGUGCCUUUACAUUUUGUUUUGAUGUAACUUUAAAUAAGUCAUUUAGAAAAGUGUGGCAGAUGAGCAGGCAAAAUCUGGCUAUUGAGUUCACAAGAGUCCAUAAACCCCGUGGUGAUGGACAGUGCUGCGGGUUCCCUCCUGGUGCACAGACAACGGGUGAUGCUGCCAAAGCUCCUCAUGGUCCUGAGCCAGAAACAGCAUCCUGUGUACACCGGUGUGUCCGUGCAGUUGAAACCUUCUGGACAUGGGGAAGGGAAGAUGCUUUCCAUGGGCUGAGCCUCCAGCUCCUCUGUGAUCCAUCCUUGCUGUGGGAGCCAAGGCCAGGAGGCUUUUGCCACGCAGCAUCAUGCCUCUGAAGAGGUUUGGGGGAUGCGAGAGCCAUGCAGGCAGGUUGUGCAGGGCUGGGCUCAAGGGGAGCCCCACAGCUCAGAGCUGUGUUACCAUGGGGUAACACCGUGUUCUGCCACUGCUGCGUGGCUGUGCAGGGACUGCGGUGCAGGGGGGUUGCAGUGGGUUUGCUUUGGGUGCACCCAAAAGGGAGGCAGGCGCUUGGGUGAGGUGAUGGGGAAGGACUGACAGCGCAGGGGUGGUGGGGAGGCAGGUUCCCACUCGCCCUGCCAAGCAGGACCAAUGUGUGGGACAUCAGCAGAGGCAGCAGGGGAACAGGCUCAUGUGGCCAUGGGCAGCAUCCUUGCUCCCAUAACACGCCCAGUCCCUACGCAUGCUCCGAUGCAUAUCGGGAGUAAAAGGGGCAAGGGGCUGGGUGUGCUUGGCAGAGCUCUGCUUGGAUUUAAGGGCUUUGCUUGCCUCAUUUAUGUCAGAGAUGUGGGAAGAGCUCAAGCUACAUGCAAACUAUCUAAUGAAGGGCAAAUACUCAGAAUUGUGGUAGAGCAUGUAGAAGCUGGUAAGGAGCGCUGACAUUAAGCGUCUCAAUGGAGGCAUAAGCAUGUGAGCAGAGCAAGAUCUUGGUGUCUUGGGAACCUCUUGCAUGAGCACAACGCCUGCUGCAGCAGAGCACUGCUUGCCUUUCUCACAGUGUAUUUAGAUGAAGAAAUCUGUACUUGAUUGCUCUACUUUGUUUUAAACUUGUGGUUGAUAUAAACACAUUAUGGCUUCUGUUUUCUCUCUCCUGUGAUUGGAACAAGGAACCCCUCAAUAAAAUGCCUUUUUUUCUUUGAAA